CCAAAUCACCAGCCCACCCCUUCCCUCUCUCUCUCUGCAAAAGACAUCAGUCGCUGCAAGUGCAAACAACACCACAUUCACCUCUUCCAGGUCGAGUUGGAAAGUUGCUAACCCCAAUCUCCAGAAUAUAUAUACAUACGCUGACACAAAUAUACAGCACCAGAAGUUAUUAAACCUCAACAAACACCUGAAACCCAUCUCUCCCUGUACAUCACCACCCGCACGAAAUGCCUUCUAAUCGUCCUAAAUCCUCACUCCUGCAACAUCGGAUCAACACCACCCCAACUAACUCAACCAUCGCUGCCACCACAGCCGCGUGCCAGAGGCGGAGGUCCCCUCUAUCGUGCGCCACCCCUGUCCCAGAAACCGUCGCACGCUAUCACAACCAUGUUGUAGGCCCCAACCAGUGCUGCUCCGUCGAGGUACAGCAGAUCGCUGCCCCUGUCUCCACUGUGUGGUCCGUAGUCAGACGAUUCGAUAACCCUCAAGCUUACAAGCACUUCGUGAAGAGCUGUCACGUUAUCGUCGGGGAUGGCGACGUGGGCACCCUCCGAGAGGUCCACGUAGUCUCCGGACUCCCUGCAGCUAACAGCACGGAGCGCCUGGAGAUCCUGGACGACGAGCGCCACGUUAUCAGCUUCAGCGUCGUUGGUGGGGACCAUCGGCUCGCUAAUUACAGAUCGGUGACAACUCUCCACCCUUCUCUCGCGGGUAACGGCACCGUGGUGGUGGAGUCUUACGUGGUGGAUAUUCCUCCCGGCAACACGAAGGAGGACACGUGCGUGUUUGUGGACACCAUCGUUCGGUGCAACCUGCAGUCACUGACUCAGAUCGCCGAGAACUUGGCCGGAAGCAAUAAAUCAUCAUCGUGAGUCAAAUAAUAUAAUAUAAAUCAUAUAUAUAAUCAUCUUAUAAAUAUGAAAUAUCAUAUAUAGUAAUGUUAAAGGUGAGUGGUCUUUGGUGAUACACGGUCGUUUUUGUGAGUAUCGGAUGUGAGUUUGCCAAUGAAACUUCAACAGCUAGUUCAUCCUGUAAUAUUAGUGGUAUUAUUUAUUGUAACUUUGAAUUUAUUUAUUUAUUUUUUUAUCAAUUUGUGAAGUAGUAGAAAAUUCGUAAUGAAUUAAUGAUACUUACCAUUAUCUUUCUUA